AAAUCAAAAAUCAAAUUGACUAACAAAAGUAAUAUAUGUUUAACCAUUAAUCAGAUUCCAUUUGAACAUUUGAAUAUAACAAAAAAAUUUAUCAUUUUAUUCGAGUAUUUUUUCCUCCUAACGAAUAUAUAUCUGACAAUACCAUCUCCUCCUUCACGUCCAUCUCGUGUCCUCUCUCUUUCUCCUCCAACCUCAGAAACAAAACCAAGAAACAAACGCAAAAAAAAAGAGCGCAAUGGCAGCUUACAGAAGCUUUCAUCAAAUAUUCGAGAGCCAAAGACAAGACAAGGCUCCAAAGUCGCUUCUUGAUACUCUGAUCUCCUCUUCUUCACCUUGGAACCCACUCCCAAUCAAAGGCCUCCACGUCAGCGACCAAAACGAAACGCCACCGUUUACAGAGAUAUUCGGUGAGCUCCACUUCAGGGAAUCAUCUCAUUCUUCUUUCGAGAAGGCCUCAGCUGAGAACAGCAGCUUGCACCUGUGUACUGAAGGUCUAGGGUCAGAGAGCUAUUACGGCUUGGAAGACGGGAAAGUCAACGGUAACGGCAACGGAGAAGAAGAUGAUGAUCAUGAGACUGAAGUGAUGAAGGGUAAAGAUAACGGAAGCAGCAAUGAGGAGUGUGGACCAUGGAGGAAAGAACGGAGAGAGUAUCCUCCAGCGAUGAAGAGGAUGAGUUUCAAGACGUAUAGAGAAGAAGGGAGGCUUGUGUUGGAAGAAGUUAGGAUUCCGAAGAGAGAGUUUCUUCUAGCCAGCCGUGAAGACGGUAGACUCAAGCUGAAGUUGGUUCAACCCGAGGAUGAGGAUGAAGAUGAGGACGAAGACCAAGAAGAGAACAAAGAUAAACCGGUCUGAUCGGUAAUCUGCUGAAUAUUUUUUGCGGUUAUGUGGAAUUUAAUCCGUUAUUUUACAAGAUUAUAAAUGUUAAAACCUUCUUUAUGCUGGUUUUGGAGUUAAACUAGGCUUUUAUCUCUUAAUACCAUUCUGCAAUAUUACCAAUGUCAAGGAAUAUUAUUUUUUCAAACGGUA